CAGCACCAGUAACCUUGUCUUAUGUGAUCAUUAACCUUGCUGGAAGGCGCAGCUGGCAGCUCACUCUGAGGUUUGUCAUUAGAAUUGUGAGCUGAGCCACACAGAUACUGCAGGAGUAUUUAAAGGAUUGUUUGGUUUUCUGGGAGCGCUCUGGCUAUCUUUCUGUGUGGCAGCAAAAUGAGAUUUCAGCUGCUCUUUUUUCUCUUCCUUUUUUUCACGAUGGGUGUACUCCUUAUCAAUGGACAAAGGCCAGGUAAUCUGGCUUUGAGGAGAAAACUGCAUAGACACAGCUGUCUCCAGAGGAGAUGCAUACCCCUCCAUUCCCGCGUGCCCUUCCCCUGAGCCAUUUCUAGUAUACCUGAACUAUCAGGAAAUGACGAAGAGGGAUUGAAGCAAAGAGACCUACUCAAGAAAACCUCUUUCUUACAACAUUGGGAUCUGUGUAGAGUCCUCCUACAGAAAGGAAUCAUCUGAAAUCAUCCAAGGACGAUUAUUUGUGAGCAUCAUGGGGGUCUGCAGUAUCUGGUUUUACUUCCAGGGAAAAAACAAGGAUUCAAAAAACUUUCUCUUAAUGAACUGCCAAUAUACCAAGCCAGUCAAUUUAUGUUUCUGCAAAUCAGGAUGUUUAUAAGUUUAAAGAGGGGAAAAAAAAAAACUUUUCAUAAAUUGUAGUGGUGUUAUUAGAGUGGAAAAUCCUAGAUUUCUGUGUGAAUUUUUGCAUUCAAACCAAACAAGCUAUAACAAUUUUAAACUAUUGUUUCUAACCCCAGGAAUACUAACCAUAGUUUUGAAAUUUAAAAAUUACUUAAGCUGUAUUUGUUUGAUCACAGGGGAAAAACAAAACAAAACUCCAGUAUAGAUCUUUCAACUGUUUUUUACAAUCAAAUUUUACCAACCUGACUGUAGAAAUAAAAUAGAAAACACUGAAUCCAAUGGCAGUAUCCAGACAACUCUUAAAAGUAGGAAAUUAUUUCAUAGUUGCCAUUUUAAACAAAUGAAUCUUGAUGUUUAAGUCAAUAUGGGUCACUUAAAAAUUUCAAAAGCUUAUUAUAAUAUAUAAAUUGAAAAGUAUAAAAUCCUUCUAAUGAAGAUUAUUUUAAAAGAAAAAGUUGCUCAUUUCUGAAAUGUUUUAGCAUCAAGAAAUUCUGAGAAAUAAAGAGCUAAAUUUCUGAAGCAUGAUUUCUAGUAGAUUUCUGCUUGACAGAUAUAAAUUAUAAAGAGAAAUUCUUAAGACAAUGUUAUUUUGAAAGUACCAUCCAGCUCUGUUUGUUUCCCAGUUGCCCAUUUAAGAAAAUUUAUUUAAAAUACAGUUACACUAGUCUAUUUUUAAAUAGACUAAUUUAUGUAUCAUUUAAAAAAAAAAAAAACUUUUUCUCUUUGUACUUUAAUUUCCUGGUGAUGGACCAAUCUUAGCAGAACAUGGAAAUUGAUCAAUUCAACACUUUUUUUUUCAGCACUAUUUGUUUUAGAAGCACAUUCCCCUCUAAAGAUAGGAUGGUGAUAUAAAAUGAAUAAACAAAAUUCCUACCUUCAGUGAACUUAAAAUCCCAUAGGGGAAGGUCAAAAACAAAUAUCCAGUUACAAUGAAAGCACAAUGAAAUAAAUGCUAUACAAUAGAAUAAAUUUGAAAAAUUACUGAUGAAUUAAGAUGGUUCAGUUCUGGGAGGGGAAGAAAAAGAGAGGGAGGGUAGAAGAAAAGAAAAUUUAUCAUCUUUGGAAAUUUUGAGUUCAAGUAUAUAUUUGUAUUGGGAUUAAAUGAUUUUCAUUAUAUGACUAGAAGUCAGCUUCAGGAAUUCAUAAACAACUUCCAUAUUGAAAAUAGAGUGUUUGAACUACUGGUUUUACACUGUAAUCCUUGGUAGAAUAAGGAAGACACUAGGAAUCUCCAAAUGUUUUUAAUAAAAAAAGAAAAAUAUUUAAGAUUCAGAUAUAGGGGGAUUUUACAUUGGAAACUUUAUGGACCCAUUUUGGAAUACUGUUCAAAUUGUCUUAUUAGGUACAAUGAUUUUAAAUAAGGCAGAGUAAAACAAAAAACAUACGCCAAAAGAUUUUAAGAAAUAAUUUUCCUUUAAAAAUUAGGCUAUCAAAGUAAAAAUUCUAGAUUUCUCAAUGAAUUUUAGGUCCUCACUAAAAAUGCAUCUAAAUAACUACAUGUUUCUAUCUUAUAUUUAUGAUUAUAUAAUAUGUAUUUGUCUGUAUAUUUUGUAAAAAGAAAAAACCUUAUGCACUUCAAAUAUAUCUCAUUUAAUAACAUUUUUAAAUGUUCUAUUUUAUUUUUUCAUUAGACUCUAUUAAUAGAAAAAAAUCAAAAUCUGUUUCUAAGUUACCUGAUAUAUGGAAAAUAAAAAUAAAAAAAAUGCUUACUUCUUUUUUCAUGUUUUUGUGAAGUUUGAAUAAAAUAAAACCCAUUUGCUACAA